AUGGCUUCUUCUUCACUGUCUGUAGAAGCUGUUUCUGCCAUAGAAGACGCCUUUUUACGUGGAGAAUGGACUCAAGCACUACAUGACAGUCGUAGCAUGUUGACAGCGCGCAUGGUGCCGGUAAAAUACCGAUGUUUUUACUUUUUAUUGGAACGAGUACUCUCAGUGUAUCUUCAAAUAAUAUUCGAACUAAAUUUGGACGAUGAAGUCGAGACAGUAGUGGCCAUUGCAAACAUGUUUACGCCACUACCAAGUGGCAUUGCAACUCAAUAUUGCAAGUUUUUAAUCGCAAUGAAUCGUCGACUACUGGCCAAAGAGGUACUACAAGAUUUGCUGGAAUCUUUUACUGUGAACGGAGGAAUGGACAUUAGCACCGAGCAAUACAUGAAAGUUGCUGAGACGAUGGCGUUGCACUUGCUACUGCCUGAGGAAGGAAUUCAAGCUGCACAGCUGUUUGUAGCAGAGGACAAGAUGCUGGACGAUGAAGUCAAAUUGCAAUUACUUUAUCGGAUCCAAACGAUGCACUUGGCUGCUCAGGAGGCUGAGAACAAGGAUAGUAUGCAGACUUCGUCAGUGGAUCAAACAGUGAAGAAUGCGAGCGGUAAUCCACAUGUGCCUGAUGCUACGUAUCAGCAGUCUGUAUCGACUGCAUUUACGAACACGCAACAGGCGGUCACCAAGCAGGAUGACAAUUCCAGUUGCUACGUGGUUAUUGGUACUACUGCUAUUGUGCUAGCUGCCGCGACGGCAGGAGUAUUAAGAUAUCGCGAGAAAAUUCACGAGUAUAUCUCAAACGCUAUUCCUGCCAUUUCGAAGGGCGUUGCAGACGCAAAAUUUGCAAUCUUUGAAGCGUGA